CGACGAUCAUGCUCCUGUCCUCAGCCAGCUUCGUCGUCCGCGUACGACCGCAACUGAGCGCGGCUUUCAGCCUCGGCGGAUUAUUUUCCUUCGGGACCGCGUCGGCAUCAAAGGGCGGGAAUGUCACUGCGUAUACCAUCCGCACGCCUCCGGCUACCUCACCUCGAGAAGUGCCCACUCCGCUAGUCUUCCUAUCGUCUAGCGCAUGGGAUGGGGCGAGCGCUCAGAGCAUGCGCGACUUCGCGAGCAUGUUUGCGGAACGAGGCUACACUUGCCUGGAGAUAGACCUCGGCCGCCCAGAGACAAUAGGAUCCUCAGAAGCAUUGAUUGAUCUCGUUGUCGUGUUGUUGAUUGGAUCCCUGGCCGCAGAAUUGCGCUCGCAUAUACGCCUGACUGCCAUUCCGUUUGCACCCGUGUUGAUUGCAAGGGAUGGAGGCACUCUCAUCGCCCAAAGCUACGUCGAAUCCAACCCGGCUACAGGCCUAAUCAUGAUUUCACCACCUGCUUCGAACACAUCUUUCGCUACCAGCUACUCGUCUCACUCAACGCGCUUGCCGACCCCUCUUCCUGAGUUUACGUAUGAACCGAAGUUUCCCAUCGCGAUCCUCGGCUCUCCCUCAGAGAUCGUAUCUCUGAAAAGAGAUCAUCGCCUGGGAAAAAUUGGAAGCCAAGGAGGUUCGUCACGGUGGACGAGAGGAGGCGUCCAUUGGCUUCAGGUUCACGAUACCAUGGGCCAAGAGGCGCGUACCCAGAUGGAGUUGUGGUUGGAUGAGAUCGGGGUAUAG